CGCGGAGGGCGGGGCGGCCAGGCGGCGGGGACGGGGUGGGGUGAUGUGAAAGGUCCCGGAUGUGGCGGACCCAGAGCCCCUUCCAGAGGGAGUGACUGGCGCCGGCGCAGAAGUGAACGAAAGUGAAGCGCUUGACGUCAUCGUGCGUGUGGUGCCCCUGCUGCCGGAGCUGGUGAUUGGAGGAAACCCCGUGUCUGCGGAGCCGCUGUAGCCUGUGAGCUGCGAGAUCCAGGGACAGAGUCUCAGCCUCGCCGCCGCUGCUGCCGCCGCCGCCCAGAGACCGCUGAACCCCCGUCCGUCCUCCGCCGCCCACUCGGGACACAGAACAUCCAGUCAUGGAUAAAAAUGAGCUGGUGCAGAAGGCCAAACUGGCCGAGCAGGCUGAGCGAUAUGAUGACAUGGCAGCCUGCAUGAAGUCUGUAACUGAGCAAGGAGGUGAAUUAUCUAAUGAGGAAAGGAAUCUUCUCUCAGUUGCUUACAAAAAUGUUGUAGGAGCCCGUAGGUCAUCUUGGAGAGUCGUUUCAAGUAUUGAGCAAAAAACGGAAGGUGCUGAGAAAAAACAGCAGAUGGCCCGAGAAUACAGAGAGAAAAUUGAGACCGAGCUAAGAGAUAUCUGCAAUGAUGUACUGUCUCUUUUGGAAAAGUUCUUGAUUCCUAAUGCUUCACAAGCAGAGAGCAAAGUCUUCUAUUUGAAAAUGAAGGGAGACUACUACCGCUACUUGGCUGAAGUUGCUGCUGGUGAUGACAAGAAAGGGAUUGUGGAUCAGUCACAACAGGCAUACCAAGAAGCUUUUGAAAUCAGCAAAAAGGAAAUGCAACCAACGCAUCCUAUCAGAUUGGGUCUGGCCCUUAACUUCUCGGUGUUCUAUUAUGAGAUUCUGAACUCCCCAGAGAAAGCUUGCUCUCUUGCAAAGACAGCUUUUGAUGAAGCCAUUGCUGAGCUUGAUACAUUAAGUGAAGAGUCGUACAAAGAUAGCACGCUAAUUAUGCAGUUACUGAGAGACAACUUGACAUUGUGGACAUCGGAUACCCAAGGAGACGAAGCGGAAGCAGGAGAAGGAGGGGAAAAUUAACCGGCCUUCCAACUUUUGUCUGCCUCAUUCUAAAAUUUACACAGUAGACCAUUUGUCAUCCAUGCUGUCCCACAAAUAGUUUUUUGUUUACGAUUUAUGACGUUUAUGUUACUUCUAUUUGAAUUUCUAUAUUUCCCAUGUGGUUUUUAUGUUUAAUAUUAGGGGAGUAGAGCCAGUUAACAUUUAGGGAGUUAUCUGUUUUCAUCUUGAGGUGGCCAAUAUGGGGAUGUGGAAUUUUUAUACAAGUUAUAAAUGUUUGGCAUAGUACUUUGGUACAUUGUGGCUUCACAAGGGCCAGUGUUAAAAUUGCUUCCAUGUCUAAACGAAGAAAACUGCCUACAUAUUGGUUUGUACUGGUGGGGAAUAAAAGGGAAAAUUGGUUCCAGUCACAGGUGUAGUUAUUGUGGGUACUUUAAAGGUUUGGAGCACUUGCAAAGCUGUGGUACAAACAUAUUCCAUGGAUAUUACAUGUUGGAAUCAUGUAUUUCUGUGGAAGAGUCUAUCUCCGUGUGCACACCCUUGACUACAGCACCAGAAGUGUUCUUUGAAACAAAAGUUGUGACCCAGUUAACUCCGGAUAAGGGCAGAAACGGUUCACAUUCCAUUAUUUGUAAAGUUACCUGCUGUUUGCUCUCAUUAUUUUUGCUACACAUUUUAUUUGUAUUUAAAUGUUUUAGGCAACCUAAGAACAAAUGUAAAAGUAAAGAUGCAGUAAAAAUGAACUGCUUGGUAUUCAUUAUUCAUGUAUAUCAAGCACAGCAGUAAACAAAAAAACCCCAUGUAUUUAACUUUUUUUUAGAUUUUUUUUUUUUUUUUUUUGCUUUUGUGAUUUUUUUUUUCUUUUUUGAUACUUGCCUAACAUGCAUGUGCUGUAAAAAUAGUUAACAGGGAAAUAACUUGAGAUGAUGGCUAGCUUUGUUUAAUGUUUUAGGAAAUUUUCAUGAACAAUCCAAGCAUAAUUGUUAAGAACACAUGUAUUAAGUUCAUGUAAGUGGAAUAAAAGUUUUAUGAAUGGACUUUUCAACUACUUUCUCUACAACUUUUCAUGUAAAUUAGUCUUUUGGUUUUAAAACUUCUCUAAAACAAUUGUACAUUAUUAGAAAUUUGUUCCUUACUCCCUUUUGGCAGCUAAUGGGCUUUUAACCAAGUUAAAGUGCAAAGUUUAUCAUAACAAAAAUAUUAAUCUAACAACCGACCGUCUCCCAUAUUCCCCAUUCUCCCCCAUCCCAUCCUUGGGGAGGGGGAAAUUGAUUGGAAAAGUAAUAUGUUCCAGUUAAAAUUUUGGUAUAUGGCAUUUUCUAACUUAGGAAGCCACAAUGUUCUUGGCCCAUCAUGACAUUGGGGUAGCAUUAACUGUAAAUUCUGUGCUUCCAAAUCACUUGGUUUUUGAGAAUUUCUUGAUACAGCUUGCCUUUGAUUUUGGUCAUUCUGUUUGUCAGGUGCACAGGCUUACCUUCCUUUUUUUAGCUUUCUGUCUUGUCACCAACCAUUCCUCCUUGGUGGCCGUGUACUUGGGAAAAGGCCGCAUGAUCUUUCUGGCUCCACUCAAUGUCUAAGAUCCCUUGCUUCCUUUGCUUGCAUCCCACAAACUAUUUCCCUCAUCCUCUUCUGCAGCACAUCUCUCCUUAGUUGAUGAGAUUGUGUAUAUCCUAUAAACUCUAUCCCGAAUGGUCUGUCAUUGUUUGCCUUUAAAUCUUUCUUCUCUAAAUAAUGAUGGGGCUAAGUUAAACCCAAAGCUCACCCUACAGAAUAUUCCCUCAGUACUUUACAGAAAACACCAAACAAAAAUGCCAUUUUAAAAGAGGUGUAUUUUUUUUUCUUUUAGAAUGUAAGCUCCUCCAGAGCAGGGACAAUGUUUUCUGUAUGUUCUAUUGUGCCUAGUACACUGUAAAUGCUCAAUAAAUAUUGAUGAUGGGAGGCAGUGAGUCUUGAUGAUAAGGGUGAAAAACUGAAAUCCCAAAUGCUGUUUCGUUGCUUGUUUUAUUACAAUUUGAUUAAAUUGAGAAAUAUCUGCCCUUUGGGACAAUUGUCCUAACUAAGUACUACAUUAAAAUAAAAGUGCAAUGGAG